ACAAGACAAGAAAUUGUAGAAUAGAAGAAAUGAGUAAUAUUUAUAUUCAAGAGCCCCCAACCAAUGGGAAAGUUUUAUUAAUAACUUCAGCUGGAGAUCUUGACAUUGAAUUGUGGUCUAAAGAAGCACCUAAGGCAUGUCGAAACUUUGUGCAGCUCUGCAUGGAGGGGUACUACAAUGGAACUAUAUUUCAUCGAGUGGUUAAGGACUUCAUUGUUCAAGGAGGGGAUCCAACUGGAACAGGAACUGGUGGAGAAUCUAUUUAUGGAAAGCCAUUUAAAGAUGAAAUUCACUCUCGAUUACGGUUUGUCAGGAGAGGGUUAGUUGCCAUGGCAAAUGCUGGAGCAAAUGAUAAUGGCAGUCAAUUUUUCAUGACUAUGGGACCAACCCCUGAGCUACAAAAGAAGCAUACUAUAUUUGGAAAGGUAACGGGAAACACACUGUAUAACUUGGGAAAACUACAGGAAGUAGAGGUGGACCAACACGAUCGACCCUACCAACCUCACAAAAUCAAAACCACUCAUAUUUUAUCAAAUCCAUUUGAUGACAUUGUUCCAAGAGUAUCUGCUCAUGAGAGAAAAUCUAAAGAUUCAAAAGAAAACAAAGUGAAGAGCAAGUCAAAAGCCACAAAAAAUUACAAAUUGCUGUCAUUUGGAGAUGAAGCUGAGGAACAGGAAGAGGAAGUAGAUCUGGUAUCCAAGGACAACAAAGGAAAGAGCAAAAGCAGCCAUGACCUUAUUGAUGACCCCUCUCUCAGUACUGAAACAACAGAGAUAGAUCAGGAGGAAGUCAGACGGAGGCUAGCACAGCCCCCCAAGGAGAAAAAGAGGAAAUCCCCUUCACCAGAUAAAGACCAGGAAGAGGAGCAAGAGAGGAAAAGUAGAACUGAAGAAUUGCGGCAAGAGGCAAAGCGAUUAAAGAGAGACCUGAGGGAAAUGAAAACAGACAAGAAACAAAGUGAAGAAAACAAAGUUAAAGAAGAACCAGAAGAAAAGAAUGAGGUCAUAGCAGCGUACAAAGCUGAGCGAGAAAAAUACAAGAAAGCAAAAGUGAAGAAGGGAAGUGGCAGAGAAGAGGCAACAUUGGCCCUACUGGCAAAGUUUCAGUCCAAGUUGGACUCUGUCAAAAGAAUCUCAGCUAACUACAGUGAUGAGGAAGAGGCCCCUGAAGGGGAGGCUGAAACUGAGGCCCCAGGGGAUAUAUCAUGGAUGACUCACAAAUUAAUUUUUGAAGAUGAGGAAAGAAAGAGAAAAGUGAUUGAUGCAAAUGUGCAAGAACUUGAUCGUUAUGAGAUUUAUGACCCUCGUAAUCCCCUCACAAAGAGAAGACUUAAUUUAACAUUUAGCUGUCAGGGCUAUGAUGGUGCUGCUACAGUUGAAAAUGGCUACGACAUAUUGAAAAUUUGUGGCGACAGCGCAGAACUGUCAAUGGUCGCUGAUGAAGAUCUGAACAUGGCGGAAGUCACCAUCUGCUUUCUGGAAAACACAACUGCUAUGAGUAACAAAAACGAAUCGAUGCUCAUGAAAUUCAACAUAGAUAUAAGUCUCCACAUCGAUGCCGCGAUGAAGACGCCUAUGAAACCACAGCUGUACACGGGGAUGUACUCCAACGAUCUUCUGUCUCAGCUCUCGCAGUACAUGGACUUCAACAAAGCAGUACUUCGUAACCUUGGAAACAGAACUCUACCUAACGCUACAAUGGAGACCCCUCACAUGGUAGCGGUCUAUCUCACAACUAAGAAACAGAUGAUGCAAGACCAUGGCGAGAAAUGCUUAGUGCCUACCUACACAAUUGUCGACCAACUCAUCGGGCAAAUUGCCAUUACAGAUGCAAUUAAGCCGGGAAAAGAAUUCAACAUAGUUCCUCACUUCCAUGGACACUAUAUUCCUGAAAAAUCUUCAGUCUGCGGAGAUGCAGAAUUGGUCAUCUUUUACGAUCCUCUAAAGAUAAACAACGACGAUGAUGAAUGCAAUGAUUUUACAACAGUGCCAGUUCAUGUCACGUGCUCAAGUUAUGACAAAAUGGAUGACUGUGUGUUGUGUCCAAAUCCCAUUGAUACGAAAACAUGGGCAUUAUUUAGCAACAUGACAUUCUAUGAGUAUAAUAGCAUGGACGAGGAAUGGAAGGGGACUGAACUGCGUAUGAUGAGCAUGGAUACUAAAGAAGACCUGGUCCAUGCUGGAAUGUCUCAACUCAUGCAGCGCCAUCUGUCCGGACUCUACUCACAACCACAUAUAGGACUUUGUAUGUUUGUUGGCCGAGCAGAAAAAGAUACAAUGAUGAAAAUACAGAAAAUGGAGGUACAUGAGCCAAGGACUUUGGAUGGACUUGAGGACAGAUUACAAUGGAUAAUGAAUGCAAUGCAAACUUACAAAGACGUGAGUUCUGAAAUGGAAUCCUUGCAGAUGUGGGGGGACUCCCAAUCAGAUCCAGUCAACAAAUCACUCAUUACAGGAUCUUAUACUGGUCUUGCUAUGAUCCAAAGCAUAAAUUUAUUGAUAAUGAAAUCCCAGUUUAUGGUUGAACAGUUUCCUGCAAAUACGACACGAUUAAUAUACGGUCAGAUGCUAAGAGGUCUUGCACAAAUCAACCAUAUGGGUGAGAUGUAUCCAAUGUUGACUAAUAUGUAUGGUAUGGAGGUACUAAAGUAUGCUCAAGCGGCCCGACUUUUAACCUUUUACCUUCACCAGAAAAACAUUCUACCUGAAAAUAUAGCACAUUCAUUAAUGAAGUUGACAAAAUACUUGGUGAACAAGCACAGUGAGCCCAUGUCAAAUGAUACCGGAAGCAGUUCUUGGCAGAUACCCUCCAUGGUCUCCUGUCCUUUUGAACAACAGGUCAACUAUGUAACUAAGGCCAUCCUGACGUUUGCCAAUGGAUGGGAUGGAGAGGAGAUGACACAGACGACGCAAAUGAAAGAGAAACUAAAAAUGGGGAUGUGCAGCGGUAACAUACUCCGAGUCUUCUUGCUUAAGGGUGGUCAUAAAGUAGUCAGGAAAGCGUAUCUCCGUAAAUAUCUUAUGGAAAAGGGGAUGAAACUAGAUGAUUUAAAGAAGAUUCCGAAAAAAUGCCGGCGAAGUCCAUUGGAGCCAUAUGAUGCACCUCUCGAACAUUACAUUGUAAACGAUGAUGGUAAAAUAAUGAAAGGUGCACAUAAUCCAAUACAACAAGUCUUUACACACAAAGUUAUAGCCACAUGUCAUUGCAAGGACACUUGCACUGACAAUGCUAUGGGUGGAUCUACAAGCAUGGGUGGCGGCUAUCCAGAAAUGGGUGGAUCUAAUGGCAUGUGGACGACAGCUUCUCCGUCGUGGAUGCAAAACGAUAUGUGGGGCACCACUCUCCCUUCGUGGGUGACAUCUAGUCCAAUGAUUAUGCGGAAUAAUCGCCCUCCCACACCGCCAAUGAAUUAACUAUGAAGAGUUUGUGGAUAUUCCUCUUUAUUUUAUUGUACAUGUAUAUUCCUUGUUAUAGUCCUAUUCCCUGUUGAGGAGAUUUGUCUGAUGUAAAGCAGGGAAAUUUCUUCUUUGCUGACAUACCCAGACAAAAAAAAUAAAUAAAUUACGCGUCAU